AUGAUACCAGUUGUAAAAGCAGGAGAUGUUAUAGAGUCAACAGAGACUAUCAUCAAACAAGGAGCCUUUAAACAAAAGAAUAGUUUAUUCUCAUCAUGGAAAGUACAUUCCUACAUGUUUGAUGGUAAUUGUGUUUACAGAGUGAAACAUCAUCCUUCGAGUGGAAAAGUUGAGGUGAGAGAAGUAUUUCCACUCAACACCAAUGACAAUAUUGAAAGAUAUGAUAUUGUCGUUACCCAAAUAAUUUCUUCCGAUGAUAUGACCGGAAAGAAGAACACAAUAGGUUUCUUCUUUGAUGAAAAUCCAAAUAAGAAUAUUUCAAGGACACCAAAAAUCGACGAUGAGCAUGCAGCCAAAAUUAUAGAGGAAAUGGAUGAGUUUUUAAACGAGAAACAACACCCAACAACAACAGCAAAAUCAUCAUCAACAAUAGAUAAAAAGAAACUGUCACCAAGGUUUCUUAUGGCAACAUCAGCAGAAGAAAAGAAAUUGUGGAUGAAUCUUCUUAACCAAUACUUGCAGAAAAAACCUCAAGUACCAACAGCUUCAGAUGCUCUCAAUAAUCCAACAUCAACCCAAGCAAAUGCCAUUUUAUCAACUAUUGAGGCCAUGAUUGAUAUUGUUAUUGUGAGUGAUGCUUAUGGAACUAUAACAGCUUACAAUACACAAGCAGAGAGCUUUUUUGGAUAUAAGAAAAAAGAUAUUAUUGGAAAGGAUAUCAAAAUCCUAAUGCCUUUCGAAGUUGCUAAAAAUCACGAUGAAUUUAUGCAAAGGUUUAGAAAAACUGGAAACAAACAUUUGAUUGGUAAACCUCGUGCUCUUCCUGCCAAAUUAUCUAAUGGUCAAGUGGCAGAAGUAAGAUUGUCUCUUGGAGAAAUUCCAGGCAGUACUGAUAGAGACAAGUACAGAUUUAUGGGUGUUAUGAGAAGACAAAUUCAAACACCAAAAACUCCAUCAGAACCAUCAACACCACAAGGAAGUUCUCCACCAUCGCCCUUUUCAUCUUCUCAAAUACCAACAAAUAGUAACAAUAGAUCUGGAAAUAGAUUAAUGUCACCUAAUAGCACCUCCUCUUCACAUGCAGAGGCUGAUGUGAUUCAACAACGUCUCAAUGUACCUUACUCAGUGGAUGAGGUUAAGGUAUCUAAAAGUAGUGAAAUUAAUCAAGAAAUAUUCGAAGCUCAUCAUCAUAUCUAUGAUUUAUACAAAUCCAUUCAUGGAACUCUUCAAAAGUAUGGUCAUAGUGUAAAUUCCAGCUUUAAAAAGGAUUAUUCUUCUUUGGAAAAGAAAUUUCACAUUCUAGAGGAAAAGAUGAAACAUUUGGAAAAAUCUAACAGCCACAUGCUUGCAAAUAUUCAUCAUCAAAAGAAAGUUAUUGAUUUUCUUGAAUUGAAAACAGAUACUUUAUAUAAGGAAAGGAAGGAAAUCAAGAAUCGAGAACCAGAGUUAAAGACCUCAUCCUCAUCUUCUGCCCUAUUUAAUACACCUCUUCAAAAAACUUCAGGUCAAAAAUACAAAGUACCAACAGAUACAACUCUUUUGGAUGUUAUUAAAGGAGGCUCUCAAUCAGAUUUGGCAGUUCUUUCACCAAGAACAAAUAAUUUCAUGAUUAGUCUUGCUAAUCUUGCUGGAGCUGAGCAAUCAGAGUUUAAGGAUGUACUUCAAAACGAUUACGCUCUCAAAUAUUUCAUGAAAUUUGCAAGCAAAGAACUCUCACUGGAAAAUGUGAAAUUGUAUAUUUAUUUGACAAGGUUUUAUUUACCUGAAGCUAAGGUUGAUUUGAAAAAAUCCAAGAUUAUGAGACAGUAUGUGAUAGAUACAUUUAUUAUUCAUGGUGCUCCUUUUGAAGUCAAUUUAUCUUCAGUUCAAAGAAAAAAGCUCCUUGAUAAAUACUAUAAACUUAGAGAUUACGAGAUGGAAAAAGAAAGAGAAGAAAAGCAAUAUAUGGAAGAUUAUAUUCAUAGAACUUCAUAUCCACAACAUAGAAAGGCCAGCACACACUCAAAUGGCGACGAACAUGAUGAGGAUGCCCUAUCUGAUGGAAGUGACUCUGAAAUGGAAGUAUUGUUUCUGGAUAAUGACAGUCAUCAUGGAGGAAAAUGCAAAUCAAAGAAUCCAAGUACUUCAAGUACUGGAAGUGAUGAUAAUUCCAAAUCUGACCCUUAUGGAAGUAAUGUAACGAGUGAAGGAAGCAACUCGAGUUCAACCGGUGACAAUACAGAAGAUGAUUUGGCAACAUCUCAUGAUAUGGAUGAGGAUGGCCUUGAAGAUAUGAGUUUCCACGAAGAUCAUACCUUCCUUAAAAGUAAUAGAAGAAAGAGUGAUUCCUACUUGCAAUCUGAAAUAUCAGAUCAAGUUAACAAAACAUCACCAACACUAGCAAGCUUAAUGUACGAUUUGGAAGAAGGAGAAAAAUUCUUUGAUGAUCUUCUCAUCCAAGUAAAGGGAGUCAUGAUGGAUACAUACAGCAGAUUCCUCAGAUCAGAAGAAUAUAAGGAAAUGAAAGAGGAAGUAAGGCGAGUUCACAAAUCAGAGAUGGAAAUUGUCAAACUCAAACUCAAUUCAACAAUUGAGAAAUAACAACAUCACUUGAUUUCG